AUGUCAAGCAGUGAAAGUAAUACGGCAAGGCGAUUAAACAUAUCCUCAUUGGUCUUGUUUAAGAAAGAUUCGCUCUGCCUAGAAGACUUUAAAAUAUCGGCAUUUCAGCACGGCAAGCGCCUUUCCAUUUUGGACGCCUCCAGCCGUACUUAUACACUCUCUGAUACUGUAAAUAACCAUACUCACGCUGGAAAGGAUCUCCCUAAAGUUAAAUUCAGAAACUUGGAUUUUUUGGGUGACUCAUCGCAUUUAUAUUCGGUGCUAAUAAACUCCCACAUCACCUAUUACGACCCAUAUAAACCCAUCAUAAUCAUUGUUUCAUCAGUGAAUGGCGAUACAUCGGUACCAGUGGCCUUUGGCCAGUACGUACCUGUCAAUCAGAAUAACAUAUUUCUUGAGUAUGUAAAUGAAAAUACUGAUACUAUUGAAGCCAUGGAGGAGGCUCUUGAGGCAAAUUGGAGUUGCAGUGCUCCAAUUUGUUGCUGCAGGGGACAUGUAUUGUGUCUGAACCAUGUCACAAAUUUCAAAAAACAAUUUGGAAUACUACUUAAAAGGAUCGAGUCCAGAAAUGUUUAUAACAGGCAUCAAUUGAUUAGGAUGGCAUCAAAACUUGGUAGGUUCAUUCAGUUUGCUAAUAAUAGGAAGAUUUGCCAAGGAUAUCACAAUGUUUUUGGUGUUUUGACAGAAAGAUCGAGUGAGUAUGACGGCGAAGCCUUUUUUGUGGAUGAAAUGGACACGCUGGACAGGUAUUCUCUCAUUAAUUGCCCUAUUGCUGACUUAUCCUUUAAGCAAUGGAACAAUAACAGCAUCAUACGAAUAGAUAUGAAUAAUAAUCAACCACUAAAGUAUUUGCUAUCAAUUCCAUUGCACGGAAUUAAGAAUUUUGAUGAGUUUUUUACCGCAGUUUUUGAUGUUUCUAGGCGGUUUUUACAGGAAAGUCCAUUUAUAAAGUCCCUAAUAUUUAAGAAUGUAAAGUGCCUAUCUAAUUAUCAUCAAGCCUUGCCUGUGUUUUUACGCGCAGUAGAUUGGUCUAGAGAAUCAGAGUUUGCCUUACAUUGGCUAUCGUGUUGGAAUCCGCCAGGUAUGGCCCAAAUUCUAGAUUUACUUGGCAGAGACUUUUCAUCUUUACCCCGAAAAGGAUCCUUAGAUCCAUCGGCUAUAAUAAGACAAUAUGCCGUAAGUAUACUAGACAAAAUGGAUUCUCUGCAACCCUUUAUCUCGCCACUCGUGUUAUCUCUAAAGUUGGAGUCGCAUAAGGGACCAUUAUCAACUUAUUUACUAAAAAAAUGCUCUAAUGACUUCAAACUGGGAUGUAAAUUUUACUGGUCACUUUUAUGCUGCAAAGACUUGGAUGAUAAAAUACUUGAAACAUUCAUGCAAUCUUGCAGCGAAUCGUUAUACGAAGCAAUAAAACUUCAGCAUGCGUUUAGAGAUAACUUGUUGGAAUUGGUGUAUGAAAUUAAGGAUAUUUGGUCUGCUAGGGAUAAGAACAGGCGUUUAAAUGAGAUGAAGUCAUUUGACAAGUUGUCCAAAUUGAUAUUGUCCUGUUCUAACGAAUGCCCUUUUCCUCUCAACCCAGAUAUUUCAAUUCAGGGAAUUGUGACUAAAAAGUGUUAUGUAAUGAAAUCUCACCAGUAUCCCAUUCAUGUAACUUGUAAGACUGAGACAGGGGACAAGUCUUUCAUAUUUAAACACGGUGAUGACCUAAGACAAGAUCAGCUAAUAACUGAAAUGAUCAACAUAUUUGAAAUGAUAUCCAACGACACUGCCAUAGAUUUUUCGCUCAGUAAUUACCAGGUUUUGCCCUUUUCGGACUCUGAUGGAAUAGUUGAGUUUAUCUCAGAUACAACCCCCAUGUCAUCGGUGCUUAAGUUGCCGGGUGGCAUAGCUGAGUAUCUGGAAUUAAUGGAUAAGUCUCAAGAUCAACUGAUUAAGCUUCCAGUGUUUAAAAACUUCGUUAACAGCUUAGCAGCCUAUUCGAUGAUUACUUACUUCUUCAACGUAGGGGAUCGGCACCUAGACAACUUGUUACUACAUGUGAGUGGUAAUGUUAUGCACAUUGAUUUUGGGUACAUGUUUGGAGCCGAUCCCAAGCCUUUCGUUAAUGCCCACUUUAGAAUAUGUUCAGAAAUUGUUUCUUUUAUUGGUGGUGUGAAUAGCCUCGGUUUUGAGAUGUUUCGCUCAGCAUGCCAUUGCAUGUUUUCGAUACUGCGCAAGCAUGCCAAUCUGAUCUUUGCUAUUCUAUACAACUACUCAUUUGCCGAGCUUAGGAAUUUUACAUCGACAGACUGCCACAAUUACAAGAAGAAGAUGGAGGAUAUGGCCAAGAGGCUCAUGAUAGGAGAAGAGAUUGAUAUUAAAGCAUACGUUGACAAGUUGAUUGAUGAGUCAAUAAAUUCCAUAACACCUACUAUCAUGGAUAAGGUCCAUAGGCUUGCACUCUAUUUAAAAUGA